UUCGCAUCUGAUUACGGAAAGACGGCGCCGAAGGUACAAUCCAUCUGAGUUGUUUGACGGAAGCGUGCGAGGAAGAGGUCCACCUCGACGAACGACGAUCUGAGACAAUUUGCCAAUUAUGUUAUGUCAGAUGUCACGAUGAAGAGGUCAUCAACUCGUUGAGGCAUCGGAUUUGAUCGAAGAUGUCAGAGCCUACAGAUGGCCAGGUGGAACAGUGCGACAUAGUCCUGCCGAGACAAGGCCUGCUAUAUCAAACGGAGGAGUUGAAUUACAUACUCUGUAAACCAAAAUUGAUUCCACUAAAAUCGGUUACGUUAGAGAAACUCGAAAAGAUGCAGAGGGACGCGGAGAUCAAACUUAAGGAAAUGCAAGAAGCAGAGAGCAGUCUCGAUGCAAGCGCAUAAGCAUCGAAUGGUAGCUAGAGAUUCUUAGGAAUUGUUAAAUAUCAUCGUCGCACGAGAUAUCAAAGCCAAGAUGGCUCUU